GGAAUGUCAAUGUCUAUAACAGAGAGUUCCGGUUCAAAUCCCUCCACUUCCUUCUAAUGGAUGCCAUGAGGCUUCUGAAGACAGAGAAGUGCCAAACUGUGUUUUAUGGCACAAGCAAAGAGUAUGAGGUACAAGUAGGGUCAGAAGUGCGAUUUGGGAGGUUUACUACAACCAAGGCCAAACGUUCUGAUUCGGAGGAAUCUGCUACAGAUAAUGGGAUCCUUUUCAACAUCACUUCCUGCACUGUAGUCAACAUUGAUGAGUACACUUGCUUCUCAGACAGCAUUGAUCAGCUGAUAUCCCCAGCAGAGGUGUUUAGGGUGGCUGAGGUAAAGAAUGUAAUAAAUAAAGAUCACGAGUACAGAGAGAUCGUUUUGACAAGUUCAAGGACUCACAGCAUUGACAGCAUCCGCGACUGUUACCUCUUCCCCAGAUCUCCUACAAGUACGAGUCCUCCAUCAAUCACCCCCAAAGGCUCCUCUACUCAAUGGCUUGGCAGUAGCCUCUCUGUUCUUGUGGUUGUAUCUCUCUCUAUCUCCCUGAUCACCAGGACUGAUCAUCUCUGAUAAACUAAAGUGUUGAAUGCUAAUAGAUGCGGUAAUGAAGUCAAUGGAACGCAGACCGUGGGGGAUAGAAGGAUGCACAUUCAAGAAAUCUGAUCUAACAAAAUAGAUAUUUGUCAAAUCGUCAUUUUUUUUUAGGUAUUGUAACAUGCCCAGAAUGUGGUUACUAAAGUCUUAUUUGGAUAUAUUUGUCUGUUUUGUCAGCAUAACAUUUAGAAAUAGUCCCUUUUCAGGUUUGGAAGAAGUGACUGCUAAAGGCUAACUCCCAUUCAUAUAGACUGGUAGCAUAGCUAGCAUAUAGAAAUCGAUGGUGGUAGUCAAAGUCGGUUUUAACUGUAAUGCAGUUUCUUGGUGAUGAUGACAUCAACAUGUAUUCGGGUUGACAUCCAUUCCAGCAUUAUACUCUGAUUUUUACCUCAACAUAGUGUGAAACACACAUAAACAAUAGCCUAAAUGUAGGCUAAUUUUGCUAGUGGGCAAUGAGGCAUCUUUCCCCCAUGCGUUUCCAUUGUUUUGGUCGAGUUCCAUGAACCUCUUUACCACGUCUAUUGAAAAGGUCACACACACUCGCACACGCACACACAAAAUUGCAUGUAUGUAAUAUCAAUGCACACAGACACAUUCAUCAAAUGUGACAAAGUGCAAACCUGUCAAAUCCCUCAGCAUAAUGAUAUUCUCUUAAAAUGUAUUUCUUUGCAUUUUAUUGUUUUUGUCAAACAUAAGAUUAUGGUGAAUUGAUAAUAUUAGAUAAGACGUUUUAAACAAUAUGGUAUGCAUUUAGCAAAUAUUUUUGUAUCACAAUUGAGUGUGAGUGGUGUCCAGUUUUCAUAGAUGUAAUUAAAUGUUCCUCUUGUUUUGAUAUCAAAUAAAGCAAUAAGAUGAGUA